UCCCGCGCCCAGCACCUCCUCUCUUCCGCCCGAGGACUUUUUGGCGCAAAACGAAACGUUCAGGUGUCACAGGCGCAUCCUAUUCGCCUGCUUCCCAUCUCGUACGACGCUCCACAUUUCUUGCUGCCGGUCUUUCCCUUGACGCACCUGUCGCCGACCUCAGCGCGCUUGGCGUUGAAAGUCGUGUCGCGGUCCUUGUCCUCGGCCCCGAUCAUAUCUUGCAGCUGUAUCCCAGUGUUGGACGGUGAGUGUGCACGAUGGGAAAUGAAUAUACUACAAAAACGAGCGGAGCUGGAACUUUGACCCACUGGAAUAUCAAUUAUGCGCAUGCACACAAACGUCAGGACGAUGGCCUAACAUCGUCGUCGUCGUCGUAUCUCUCUUCCUCCACAUCUCUAGAUUCAACCCUCACGGACAGCCCUACCGCUGUCCUUGACCCCGGAUCUACCAGUGCAAACGCAGCCGCCAUCAUUUCUAUCUCCGCUCUCCCUCCGCUUACCACAACUCUGCCUCACGCCCUCGCAAAGCUCCCCUACCACCAGCACCUUAAUGUCAUCUUUCUAGCCCCGCUCUUCGCAGUGUUGGGUAUUAUACUUGGCGUGGGCGCCGCGAGUCUCUGGUGGAAGUCACGGUCACCUGGUUCCGGAGUCUGUGGACUAGGAGGCAGGAGGAAUGGAAGGGGGAGUAGGAUUAGCCUUCAACCGGGCCCGGCUUAUGCGCCUGCGCCUAAUGAGGGUGAUGGCAGCGUCAACGAUGUGGAGGGCACCGUUCCCUCCUCAGAUCGCAACAGAAGCAUGGAAGAAGUCACGCUCUUUGCAGCGGGUACGCCCAGCAAAACUACGGUGCACGGUACGCGGUACCUCUUCCCCGCGCACAUGCGUGAACCAACUACCGGCAGCAGCGCUGUGAUCAAACCACUGUGUACACCAUUCCUUAUGGGUGCAAGCAAGUUCCAUUCAGGUGGGAACGGGGAUCCUGAUCAUGGCGACCCAUUCACAUCGACGCAUCGACCUUCUUCUUCAGGCACGUACGACGCAGAAAGGGCAGAUGGGGACGAGCCUCGACGCAGCAUAUUCCACAGGAUCUUAAAUCGCCCAACCCUAGCUGAUAGUAUGCAGUAUGCCGCGGUCAGGGUGCACGAUCCCUCCCCAAGUACCUACGCCCGUCUAAACCCAGCCCCCAUCUUAACUCCAAGCAUCCACCCCGCGAACACUUUGAACAGUACGACUUCCCACGGGGGAAGGAGCAGUGCGGUGGAUGUUCCACUGCGCUCGCUUGAUGGUGGCGAAGGAGAGGUGCAGCGUCCUGUAAGGGCAUGGUUGGAUACGCCUGGAGGGGCGGGUGAGACUCCUGGAGGUGAGAGCUAUGGAGAUGACAAGGCCAGAAAAUACAAGAGCACGGGUGAUAAGCGUACUGCUUACGCACCUGUGGAGGCGGACACCCCACGGACUCCUGUCUCGAAGGUCGGUCAAUUCUGGACCCCUCCUUGGAAGAAGAACAAAACGCUGCCGCUGCAUUCAUCUCCCUCCCCCGCUCAACCUUCUCCAUCCACAACGCGCAUUUCACAACCCCCGAGCUCCCCAUCACGGAUGCCGCGGUCUGCUGUUUCGCCCGCAGGGCAUGCGCAGCAGGACCUCCAUUGCAACAGGCGGGAUGACGUUGAGAAAGGAACGGAGUCUGAACCGACUUCGCUGGAGCACCGCACCUCGAUUCCGCAUAUCGACUCUUCUGUUCUCCCACGCAGCCCCCCGUUCCUAAUGUCUCCCCCUCUCGAAGCCGCGCUGCUCUUCACCUCCACCUCAUGUGCUGCGCUCGGUUUUGCCUCGCUUGGUCCGAAGUUGGGCUCACGUUCUCCUCCAACGUCCAAAGCAAAUAUCUAUACAGCGGCUUAUGACAGCCCCUUAAGGUCAAAGACGAAAUCAAAAUCGUCGAAGGCCAACUUGGGAUCGUCCAAAGUUACGAACGUAAAUCAGAGCACAUACGAAACCUCCCCCGACAUCUCGCUCUUCCCGCUUCCCUCGUCUACAAAGAAACUCAAGAAGCCGAAGAAUCAGAGUAGAUCCAGCAAAGGCAGGGGGAAAGGGACGAAGUCCUCACCGAUUCUCCCGUUCCCCUCGUAUCCCGAUCAUCUCGUGCACGCAGGACAUAAGGCCUCCGUUUCAAUGUCUUUUGCCUCGAGCACUUCACAACCCGCGCUUUCGCCGACGCCCACGAUGCUCGCGAUUCUUGCUGCCACCCAGAGCUUGGAGCGCGUGAAUGAGAUCUUGGUGAGAGGUUAUAGUGAACGGGCGCUUGGCGGCGGGGAUGUGGAUAGGAAGAAGAGAACGUUGAGAGGGAAUGUUGUCGUUGCGGGCGUUGCAGAGGAGAGUGCAUGAUGUCGAUGAUGUAUGUUGGAUAUACGGAUUUUAUAUAUUUCUGAGAUCUUUGUUCAAUCUCUUGACUCGGCGUUUAGGAUCAUCCCCUAUUAUGAUAACAUAGGGAGGGCAAGUCGACUUUCAUAUUCCAACGUCACGUUUGACAAACUCAA